CCAGGCCUCUUCCCAAUCCAGACGCCACGCCCGCGGGGGCCCAGCCAGAUGAGGGGAGGCGGUGGGGAGAACCAGAGUGAAGAGGCAGAAGGCGGGCACUGUCAGAACUGCUCCACUUCCUCAAAUCCUCCGUUGAGCCCCCACUUAAACCUGGUCAGAAAGAUUUGCUGCGAGUGGAGGCUUGUCUCUUUCUCUGGCCCCUACCUUGUCUGCAUGGAUCCUGUCUCCUUGAGCUGAUUCCUCUGUAUCUGGGCUUGUAGGCCCCAACAUGGCGCCAUUCCUGCGUAUCUCCUUCAACUCCUACGAGCUGGGCUCCCUGGAGGUCACGGAUGAGGCAAGCCAGCCCUUCUGUGCUGUGAAGAUGAAGGAGGCACUCAGCACAGAGCGCGGGAAGACACUGGUGCAGAAGAAGCCCACCAUGUACCCCGAGUGGAAGUCCACGUUCGAUGCCCACAUCUACGAGGGUCGUGUCAUCCAGAUCGUGCUGAUGCGGGCAGCUGAGGACCCCAUGUCGGAGGUGACGGUGGGCGUGUCAGUGCUGGCCGAGCGCUGCAAGAAGAACAACGGCAAGGCCGAGUUCUGGCUGGACUUGCAACCCCAGGCCAAGGUGUUGAUGUCUGUGCAGUAUUUCCUGGAAGACGGAGAUUGCAAGCAGUCUCUGCGGGGUGAAGACGAGGCCAAGUUUCCAACAAUGAACCGCCGUGGAGCCAUCAAACAGGCCAAAAUCCACUACAUCAAGAACCAUGAGUUUAUCGCCACCUUCUUUGGGCAGCCUACCUUCUGUUCCGUGUGCAGAGAUUUUGUUUGGGGUCUCAACAAGCAAGGCUACAAAUGCAGGCAAUGCAACGCUGCCAUCCACAAGAAAUGCAUCGACAAGAUCAUCGGCCGGUGCACCGGCACCGCGGCCAAUAGCCGGGACACCAUAUUCCAGAAAGAACGGUUCCACAUCGACAUGCCGCACCGGUUCAAGGUGUACAACUACAUGAGCCCCACCUUCUGUGACCACUGUGGCAGCCUGCUCUGGGGGCUGGUGAAGCAGGGAUUAAAGUGUGAAGACUGUGGCAUGAACGUGCACCAUAAGUGCCAGAGGAAGGUGGCCAACCUCUGCGGCAUCAACCAGAAGCUCUUGGCUGAGGCAUUGAACCAAGUCACCCAGAAACCCUCCCGGAAGUCAGAGAUGGAGACUACAGAGACUGUUGGGAUCUACCAGCAUUUUGAGAAGAAGCCAGGAGUCUCUGGAGAUGAUGCCCUAGCAGACACUGGGACCUACGGCAAGAUCUGGGAGGGCAGCUCCAGGUGCAACAUCGAGAACUUCACCUUCCAUAAGGUCCUGGGCAAAGGCAGCUUCGGGAAGGUACUGCUUGCAGAGCUGAAAGGCAAAAAGGAGUUCUUUGCUAUCAAGGCCCUCAAGAAGGACGUGGUUCUGAUCGAUGACGAUGUGGAGUGCACCAUGGUGGAGAAGCGGGUGCUGGCGCUCGCCUGGGAGAAUCCCUUCCUCACGCACCUCUACUGCACCUUCCAGACCAAGGAUCACCUGUUCUUUGUGAUGGAGUUCCUCACUGGCGGGGACCUGAUGUACCACAUCCAGGACAAAGGCCGCUUCGAGCUAUACCGUGCCAUGUUUUAUGCUGCUGAGAUAGUAUGUGGAUUACAGUUUCUACACAGCAAAGGGAUCAUUUACAGGGAUCUCAAGCUGGACAAUGUGAUGCUGGACCGGAAUGGCCACAUCAAGAUUGCUGACUUCGGGAUGUGCAAAGAAAACAUAUUUGGGGAGAAGCAGGCCAGCACCUUCUGCGGUACCCCUGACUAUAUCGCCCCUGAGAUCCUGCAGGGCCUGAAGUACUCAUUCUCUGUGGACUGGUGGUCCUUCGGAGUCCUUCUCUAUGAGAUGCUCAUUGGUCAGUCCCCCUUCCACGGUGAUGAUGAGGACGAGCUCUUCGAGUCCAUCCGUGUGGACACACCACAUUAUCCCCGCUGGAUCACCAAGGAAUCCAAGGAUAUCCUGGAGAAGCUACUUGAAAGGGACCCAACCAAGAGGCUGGGAGUGACUGGGAACAUCAAAAUCCACCCCUUCUUCAAGACCAUCAACUGGACUCUGCUGGAGAAGCGUCAGGUGGAGCCGCCCUUCAAACCCAAAGUGAAGUCCUCCGGAGACUACAGCAACUUCGACCAGGAGUUCCUGAAUGAGAAGGCGCGGCUGUCCUACAGCGACAAGAACCUCAUCGACUCCAUGGACCAGACAGCAUUCACUGGCUUCUCCUUCGUGAAUCCCAAAUUCGAGAGGCUCUUGGAAAAGUGAGGUUCCCAAACAUGCCCCUCAACCCAUCCCAGCCAAGGAGCCUGGAUCAUUCAGCACGGUCUGCCUACCCAGCCUGACAGAGCAGGCUUGGCCCCCCUGCAUCAGCAUCUGCCCACCCCCCACGAUCAGCAACAGUGUGACUGUCGUGAUUUCUGCUGCUGCCCGCCCCACUCACCCCCAGGAAGGGCCUUGGCUCCUGUCUGGCUGGGCUCUUAAUGGUACUUCCUCUGUGAACUGAGUGUGAAUUUGCUUUUCCUCUGUCCUCAGAGGGAAACUGUAAAUCCUGUGUUUCAUUACUUGAAUGUAGUUAUCUAUUGAGAAAAUGUAUUAUAUAUAUGCAUAUAUAUAUACAUAUAUAUGUAUACACACACACACACACACACAUAUAUAUAUAACAGGCUGUAUAUAUUGCUCAGUAGAGAAAAAAACAUGGGGGACUGGUAAUGUGUUGAUUUUUUAAAAUAUAUAUGACAAGAAAAAAAAAAGGAGCACAAGCUGUUUGAACCACCAGGUUCUUUUAUUUGUGUAUCUAAAUAAACA